ACACGUCGAUGCUACUGACGCAUCUCCCGAGUGUUGCGCUUUUCUGCCACCUAUCGGUGGGUGGCUGUACAUGAUUUGGCGCUAGCUUUAGCCCAGCCUCACUCAUCAUUUAUCGGUUUUAGCGGAAUAAUGAACCGGCAGAAUAAAACCCCGUUCAUCCACCGUGCGAUGGCCCUAACACCGUUUCCUGUAAACACCCAGAUGCCACCCCAAAGAGUCCCCCAGGCCUUCAUAGAAGCCAUGAAACGCAUUUCAUCAUCUGACACAAACCCCGGAAUCCUCCCGAAGCCGGAUAAAGAACAACGUUCAGAUACGAAAUGGAAAUCUUCCUUCCAGCCAAUUAACCAACAGGACGGAGACAACCAGGAGGAAGGUCCCAGCAGCGCGGAGAGGGUCGAGCUGUACGAUCCUAGCAACCCUCUGUCUUCAGACUCUGAGCCAGAGAAAUCACCAGAUCAAGAACGUGCAUGCUCUCCAACGAACGACGAGAACAGCGUGGAACACCAGCGCCUGUCUCCAGACAGACUACACCUUCACAGCAGCUACUGGCACUCAGCCUUCCACGAGUCGGUGGACCCACCUCUGGACAGACAGAAGUUGUUCACCACACCCACAGAGAGCACCACUGAGAAGCACCCUCACAAUCUGGAAACUGAAAUGCACGAUCGUCCCGGUUACGGCUUCCAAAGCAGAUCCCUGGAACAAAGAGGCAGCAGUCCCAACCGGCUUGUUCACGGCUCCUCCACUCCAGGGUUUCCUGAGUCUCAUAGCCGACGAAGGGCUAAUGAGGAGGAGGAGAGAAUAACUUGGCCUGAAUACACGAGAGAGAUGACCCCCACAGUCCGCUCAUCCCCACCCAGGUUAAAACGAGACCAUCAACAGCUGGGCUGUCUGGAAAAGGGACUCGACCCAGAAGCUCCUCCCCCAAAGGCGACAAAGCAUGAAGGAGUCGACGUCAUAAUGGACCAGUGUCCCAUCACCUGUGACCUCUGUGAAGUCGAGCUGGCCAACGCUCAGGAGCUGGAGGAUCACCUGGACUGCAAAAGCCACUGGGACACUCUGGAGCACAUCCAGCAAAAUAACGAUUAUGACGACCUGGCCAUAGCAUUCCUGCAGGAAGUCAUGCUGUACAAGAGCCAUCACUGUAGCCGGGCAGUAGAAGAAAAUGCACUCCCAGCUCUGCAGCAAAACCACCACAUGACGAAGGUGGAGAUGUUUCGUUGUGCAGCUUGUAAAGUCUACGUGUCGACAUCUGCAGCUGAGGUGAAGACUCACAUCUCGUCUCAGGACCACCUCUCCAACACUCAGGACUUUGCAGCGCAGCAGAGGAGAGCGUGCCUUAGCAAGGCAGAGACCAUGCUCCAGGAGCUGCAACCACAGCUCCAACACUUCCUCAAGGGUGGGACUCCUUUUAAGUGAAGCGAUUGAAUCUUCAGAGUCCUCUUCAGCUGAAGAACGAGCAUCAGCUCUGCUGUCAUCAUCUAAUAAAGUCUGAUCCACACCUUCA